CUCACAGCUGUUGCUAAAUUUUCAUUUAUUUAAUAAAUAUAACAAUUCACAUGGAAUGGAUAUGGUGGAAUUCUUGUACUAAACAAUUUCACAUGUUUUUCAUCCAUUCCUGCCCUCCGAGAGAUUAUAGAAAACACUGAAAACAAUUUCGUUUUUCAACCGAGUUACUCUCAUUUUACAGAAAAAGAACAGUAAUACGGUGUUUAAAAAGUAAAAGCGAGAGCGUACGGUGGGAUUAGUCGGGUUGCAACCUGCAAUUAUAUCUUGGUGGCGGGAAUUGACGGCUAUUAAAAUAUCUCCAACGAAAGUACCCAAGCUAUAAAAAAGGAAAUCUAAGUCUACAGAUUUUCGCCCAUUCAUUAGCGUUGAAUUGAAGCCUAGCCAAUCCGCUACUCGGCACCAGGCAGUUAGAAGAUGAAUUCAUCGCUGGGAUCAGAAAUCGACUCGUUUUACGAGUCGGCUCCGCCUCUGAAAGAGCGCGACAGUAUCAUGGAGAAAUUAAACGAAUUUGUCGAACUUAACUGUAAAGGAACGAAACGAGUGGUGUGUGUGACAUCUGGCGGUACCACGGUGCCAUUGGAGCAGCGUUGUGUUCGUUACAUUGAUAAUUUUAGUUCCGGCCAUAGAGGAGCCGCAUCUACUGAGUAUUUUUUGAAGGCGGGAUACGCGAUUAUCUUUUUGUAUCGAAGGGGAACGAGCCAGCCGUAUUGCAGGUCCCUUCCUGAUGAUCCGUUGCUUGAAUGUUUUGAGGCGACUGAUGAAUUGAAUAUUCAAGUUCGCCAACCUUAUUCUGAAGCAGUGAAGAGGGCUAUUAGGGAUCAUCAUGCUGCAGUAGCAGGCGGUUUUCUGUUAAAACUUCCCUUUACAACUAUAUUUGAGUAUCUUCAGAUGUUGCAGAUGGUUGCAGUAUCACUAAGGAGUCUUGGGCCACUGGCAAUGUUCUAUCUCGCUGCUGCAGUGUCGGACUUUUAUGUUCCCUGGAAAAGCAUGGCAGAACACAAGAUUCAGUCUGGCUCUGGUCCCCUCGACAUGCGGCUUGUGCAAGUGCCAAAAAUGCUAUCAGUGUUGAGGACAGAAUGGGCUCCCAUGGCCUUCUGCAUAUCAUUUAAGCUUGAGACAGAUACAAAGAUUCUUCUAGAUAAGGCUGAUAUGGCUCUGAGAAAGUACAAGAUGAAUGCAGUUGUAGCAAAUGAGCUCUUGACUCGCAAAGAGGUGGUCGUAGUUGUCACAGAUAGUGAAAAGAUUUCAGUUCAGAGAGACAAGACAGAGGCUGGUUCUGAUGUAGAAAAUCCGUUGGUCAAACUCCUUGUGGACAGACAUUCAGCUUUCAUCAAGGAUUCUAAUGCAUAGCAAACAACAGAGAUACAUGACAUACAACACUAAUUGUCAAAUGAAAUAAUACCUAAUUUUAGGAUCUUUUAGUUUUUCCAUUAUCUCGAGCCUUGUUUUCUCAAGGAUUGUUCCUGUGUUGUAUCAGCUUUUCUUUAUUUGGCUUAACAAAGUUAAGCCAAAAAUUGUUUUUAUUUUCUUCGCAUUCUGAAGAAAAUGUUGUAUAACAAAUAAACUUGUAACUUUUGUCAGUCACCUUGAUUUCCUUGUUGAUCUAAUAAUAGUUUCUACGAAGGGAUCCAAGGAAAACAUUGUAAUACUGAAAGAAAGGUUAGUUUUUAAUUAAAAUGGUUAUCCAUUCUUUU